AGUACAACAACAUUCCGAAGGCUGAAGUAUACUUCGCCUUGUCGCUAGGUUCACUGGUUGCUUUGCUUGGCUCGGCGACUGUUUCACGCGUGCGACAUAUUGACAGCUAAACUUCAGGGUCCGCCUCUUCACGUGACAGAUGACGCGGCGGCAAUCGUAAUGCACGGCUGAGGCACCACCUUCCUCUGUCUCGCCCUCCUCGAUACUUUCAGUUCUGCAACACCUCUUCUCCUUUCAAAUUUUAGAGUCUUCUGAAUACAACCCACGAUGUCUCCUAGCAAGUUGGGUGUUUUCGCCCAUUUGGCGCUGGCCACCAGCGCCGUGCUCAUCCCUUCGACCAUGACGAAUGUGGAAGACCUCGGAGAUGACCACGCUUUUGAAUCUCUCGCCAUCAACCCCAGCCAGCGAUCCGUCGCACUGGAGUGCCCUGGAUGCGCCGUUGCGACGUUGGAUGGAAAAGACCUCAAGUGGAAGUCUGAUGCUGGGAAUGCCUUUCGCCUGGACUUUGACGUUGGACCCCAUGGCGACGCUUUGAACCUCGACAACUCCCAACUAUACCCGCCAUCGUUCGGCUUCCCUCCCGAGCCUUACCAUGUCAUACAGGUGGAUCCUUCCUCAGGAGAGCGUCUGCGUCUGCGCGUCACCAGCUAUGAGUUCCGCUACGACGGCGCAGAGACCAUCUCAGAGGAGGGCACCGAGCUUCUUCCGAUGACCUUCCAGAUCACCUCGGUCGAAGGCACCGCUGUCAACCCUCCUGCACUCCAGAUCAACGUUCUGAAGAAUUCGGAAGGUCGCCUCAUGAUCGCAUCUUUCAACGAGGCUGAGCGCAGCCCAGCCACACCAUCAGACAAGGAGUGCAAUGAGUGGCCGCUUUACUGCAAGUGGAAGAACAUUAUGGCCGACCGCAUCGAGCAGAUCAAAGACAUGCGCAAGCCUAGGCCCGGCUGCCAUAAGCGACCCCAUGCCGGUGCCCGUCCCAACAACCCUAUGGAGCAUGAUACCAUGGCUGGCAAGCCCCCGCACCGCUUCCGUCCUGGCAAGCCUCACCCGCACCACAAGCCUCACCACAUGGGUCAACACCGCCACCACAGCUUCGCCAAGAUGGCUCGUCGCGCCUUCUUCACCAUCUUCGUCCCCAUCCUCAUCGGCAUCUUCGCUGGUACACUCACAUACCUCGUUGGCAUGGCUCUUGGAUGCCUCAUCGCUAUUACCGUUGCGAAGGUCCGUGGCCAGCGCUACCAGCCGAUUGCUCUGGAUGAGGAGGAUGUCGAAGAGGCGGAGGAGCACGGAGAGAAGGAGGAGUACGCCGAGCUUCCAGCAUACGAUGCCCCUCCUGUCUACGAGGAGGCUGCCGAUGAGGAGGCUGCUGUCAAGAAGACGGACGAGUCCAAGUAAAACAUGCUCCAGUCUUGGAUAGCGGUACAGGUGGCGAGUGGAUAUGGUCAUGUCACGCUUCUGGUCAGAUGGACAGUUUGCAACAUGCCCCUUGUUUAUAGUCCGUGUUGAUUAGCUAGCUCUCGCAAUGAAUCUCUUUUUGUUCGCA